AUGACCUCGCUUCAGUCGUAUUUGGACGCCAUUUCAGAGGCUUGGGAUGCAUAUCGAUCCGAUGAGUUAGCCUCUCUACUCUCAUUGAGCGAUGCUCACGCUCAAUACCCUAGACUUCUUGUUGAAGAUCCCUCGGAAGAGGUAGAUCAGACUCUCGACGAGGUGAUUGCUGAUCUCGUGCUUGAUCAUCUAAAAGUUCUGUACGAAAUGGAUAGAAAUGAUCCUAUGGAGGCCUACGAACACCAAAAAUCAUUAGUGACCAAUUUCAAUAAGUUGCUGUCAUCUCAGAAGGACCAGAAUUGGCCUUUGCCCAUCAUGCAUGUGAUUUGCUUAGACCUUCGUCGAAUUGCCACUCGAGCUGACCAGGAAUUGUCUAAACGGGGUGGUAAGCCUGGAGCUACCUUGGAAAAAGCGGCUGAGCUGAUGAUGAAUUGCUUCCGCACGUGUGCGCUGGACAGUAAAUCUGCGGAAGACGUAACUAAACGCUGGGGCAUGCUCAAUAUCGUUAAUCAGUUAUUCAAGAUCUACUUCAAAGUGAACAAGAUGCAUCUGUGUAAGCCGCUAAUUCGUGCCAUCGAGUCAUCGCCGCUCAAAGAAAGGUACGCCACUGCCCAAUUAGUGACCUACAAAUAUUUUGUGGGACGCAAACGAAUGUUUGAUAACGACUUCAAGGCUGCCGAAGAAUAUCUACGAUUUGCUUUUGAGCAUUGCCACGCCUCAUCUAUUAAAAAUAAGCGCUCCACCUUAAUCUAUUUGAUUCCGGUGAAAAUGCUCCUGGGUCAAAUGCCAAAGGACGAUCUAUUGGCCAAGUAUAAUCUCCUGCAGUUCAAAGAAAUCGUGCGAUCCGUUAAGGAUGGUCAUUUGCUAAGGUUGAACGAAGCUCUCGAACGGAAUGAGAAAUUCUUCAUUAGUUGCGGCAUUUUUUUGAUACUCGAGAAACUCAAGAUCAUCACCUAUCGUAAUCUUUUCAAAAAAGUAUCCGUCGAGAUGAAAACCCAUCAAAUUCCCGUUGAUGCGUUUUUGGUGGCUCUUAAAAUGAUGAACGUGGAGGACAUUGACCAAGAUGAAACCCAAUGUAUAAUUGCCAAUCUCAUUUACGAGGGGAAAAUCAAAGGAUACAUUUCCCAUCAACAUCAAAAGUUGGUGGUAAGCAAACAACAACCAUUUCCACCUCUCUCAGCCACGUCUUGGUGACAGAAGAUUUCUGCGUUUCUCCUCAGCAAUUGAGAUUGUGAAUAAGUGGCGUAAUUUUUGGAUUCAAGAAAAUAAAGAAGAACGUUGGUCGGUCCA